GGCAAAUUUAGUUCAGCACAUGCGUAAUAUUUCCUUAUAUACGUAGUAAGAAGUGACAUUUUAUUUUGACGCACAUUUCUGUCGUAAUUGAACAUCUUUUACAAAAUAAUAUAAACUGAAAUGUUAAAAAUUACUAGAGCUGUUUUAAGAAAUAUAAUACGUACAAGUUCCGGAUCAUCUGUCGUAACUUCUGGAAUGGGCGAUAUUAGUUCCGUAUCGAGUAAGAAAUUAAAUACUACCAUGGAGGAUAAAGAAGCUUUGAAAAAGAGGUUAACCUCUAUUCAGUAUCAUGUUACACAAGAAGCAGGGACCGAGAGGCCCUUUUCGGGGUGCUAUAACAAGCAUAAGACUCCAGGUACCUAUCUUUGUGUAGUAUGUCGUCAAGAGUUAUUCAGCUCUGAUAAUAAGUUUGAUUCGGGCUGUGGAUGGCCCGCUUUCAAUGAUGUACUUGAAAAAGGAAAAGUUACUUUACAUCAUGAUACAAGUCUAGUUGGUAGCAACCUCUUAUUGCUGAUAUCACGGCCAGAUAUGGUACGCACCGAAGUCCGCUGUGCAAAUUGUUCGGCGCAUUUGGGUCAUGUAUUUGAAGAUGGUCCAGCUCCUACCAGGAAAAGAUAUUGCAUUAACUCAGCAGCCAUGGACUUUGUGGAAAAGGAACAGAAGAGCUGAAAUUAUGAACUAUAAAUUGAUAUAUUAAGAAUAUACACCUAACCCAAUGGAAGAUUCAUAAUUUUGAAACAUUAUGCAAUACAAAAAUAUUAAUAGACUGUGCUUACUUAUUAUUCGGAC